GUCCGUUUGUCUUGCGUGAUCUCUUGUGCUCAUCUCACGUCUAUCCUGCCAAUUGUACUCGCCAAAACGGAAUCGGAUAUCCUCUACAAUCGACAAAGGAGCAAUCUUUCCGUCAGGAGCGACCGAGUAAUUUGUGCGUCGGUUGGGUAGUUGUGUGGGUGAACCAAGCAUGGACCAUCUUUGUGAUUUCUGCACAGAGCAAAGAUCUGUAGUCUAUUGCCAGUCUGACGCAGCUUCCUUGUGCUUAUCGUGUGACCGAAAUGUUCAUUCCGCAAAUGCACUUUCUUUGCGACACUUGCGUACGCUUCUAUGCGACCAGUGCAUUGUCCAACCUGCUGUUGUAAGGUGCAUAGAAGAAAAUAAAUCGCUUUGUGGAAAUUGUGAUCGAAAAGUUCAUGGUGGAUUAGCCGUGGCUUCAGAACACAACAGACAUCUGAUCAACUGCUACUCAGGUUGUCCAUCAGCAGCAGAGUUUUCAAGAAUUUGGUCCUUCCUUGAGUUCCUUCAUAUGACAGACUCUGAUUACGAGCAAGGAUUCAUGAUUACCAAUGAGGACAGUGUUACCAAUUGUGGGGAACCUCGAGUUGAUAGUAGUGAUGCAAAUAUUGGCAACACCUGGAAAAUGAAUGAUAAGAUGACCAUUGAUAAAUGCAACCUCUGGAAGGGCUCAUCUUCAGCAUCUGAAAUUCCUAUGUGUUAUAGUGCUGAUCAACCACCUAAUCCUGUGAAUUCAACUACACCCAAGUCAUAUUGUCCUGAGACAAAUGAUACUGGAUUUAGUAAAGAUGACUUCGAUGAAGGUUUCACUAUUGGUGACGUGGACAUGAUAUUUGAGAAUUAUGAAGAACUCUUUGGUGCAGCUAAUAAGCAAACAAAGGAUCUGUUUGAUGAUGCUGGAAUUGAUAGUUUCUAUGACAGAAAGAAAAACUCUCCUGCCUGUUCCCUUUGCCAUGGUGAACUUGCUGCAGAGGGAAGAGAUGAAUAUCUUGAUGGAAUAAUUACAAAUCAGACAAAUAUUUCCUCAGAGAAAUAUCUGUUAUGUUUGAGUUUCACUUUGUAUCAACAUAUUCUUCCUACCUGGUACUCUUACAAUAGUAAGUACAUCUUGUUUCAUCUCAAUUUAUUAAUUUAUCCUCUUGAUCAUAUUGACGGACUUCUUUAUUGCCUAAUAUUUGAAGCAUGGUUUGCCUCAUUGUCUGAUCUUGACCUGGAUCAUCUAUAGCCGAUUAGCUUCCAGUCAAGAAAAUUCAAUCAGAGCUCGGCCAAGAAAGUUUGAUUUUUGGCUGGAUUAUGAGAUAGAAGGAACAGGCUGGAACGUGAUCAGAAUCACCUGCAAUUGGCUGAUCCCAAACCAUCUUUGCUAACCAAUUGUUACCGGUUGACUAAGAAAGAGAAUAAUAAGAAGUAGAGAAAGAAGAAGAGACAAAAGAGAAAGACAUAGGAGGAUGAGGAAGUAGGGGGUACAAACUUGGAUGUCACUGCCGGUACCACUGUCGCAUUCAUAGGAGGUGAGCUGUUCACCGUUCACCAAGGGCACAUCUAAGUGACUCUCAUGAGUCAUCAUUCACAAAUUAGGUAUUCCAUAGCAUAAUAUAUAAAAAAUGAAAAACUGUGCUAUACAGAUUUAAUGUAUCUGAUCCUGCUGGUUUUGAUCUUAUGCCAUAGACCAAUCCUGAUCCUGCAGUUGUUGUUAUGAAGUUUUUUCUUAAGAACUGGCACAUCUCAUAGAAACUAUACCCAAUCUAACACAUCCAUAACUUUACAGUGAUGCCAAUUUCCAGGAAGACAUGUGCAUUAUAUGAUAGUGGAAAGUUUCUCCUUAGUCAAGAGGACUGCACUAUUUCUUUCUGAUUCGGCUGAUCUGAACAGCAUUUUGUUAUGCAUGGACCCAUUCUAGUACAGGUUCCGAGUUAAUCAGUCAUGUUUUGGUACUGAGAUUACAUUUUUUUUUGCUUUGUAGCAUUCAUUGCUAGACUCUCAAUACAUUAACAGCAUCCAAGAACAGUGAGAGCCAAAUUGAAGCUUCCUCUGCUGAUUUGUGUAUUCUAGUUUACUUAAUACCAACUGAUAUAUGUAACUAUCUCAGAUAUCUUGUUAAUCUUUUGUGUUAUUAAUCGUGAGUUGUUAUUAGAUUUUUUUUUUAUUAUCCUGUGAGACUUUUAAAUGCAAAUGUACUGCUUAAGUAGCUUAUCAUGUGUCCCACAUGCUUUUGUCUGUUAUUGCAGUAUGAAACUAAUAAAAAAUAGCACUCAUUUUUUGCAAGUUUUAUUUUUAUUUGAUUCAUUUGAACCAAGAAGCAUUGAUGAAAUCCUGAUCACCAA